AUGCCUCCACACUCGCACACCAAGCCCGAAGCCUCCACACUCGCACACCAAGCCCGAAGCCUCCACACUCGCACACCAAGCCCGAAGCCUCCACACUCGCACACCAAGCCCGAAGCCUCCACACUCGCACACCAAGCCCGAAGCCUCCACACUCGCACACCAAGCCCGAAGCCUCCACACUCGCACACCAAGCCCGAAGCCUCCACACUCGCACACCAAGCCCGAAGCCUCCACACUCGCACACCAAGCCCGAAGCAUCCACACUCGCACACCAAGCCCGAAGCAUCCCCACUCGCACACCAAGCCCGAAGCAUCCACACUCGCACACCAAGCCCGAAGCAUCCACACUCGCACACCAAGCCCGAAGCAUCCACACUCGCACACCAAGCCCGAAGCAUCCACACUCGCACACCAAGCCCGAAGCAUCCACACUCGCACACCAAGCCCGAAGCAUCCACACUCGCACACCAAGCCCGAAGCAUCCACACUCGCACACCAAGCCCGAAGCAUCCACACUCGCACACCAAGCCCGAAGCAUCCACACUCGCACACCAAGCCCGAAGCAUCCACACUCGCACACCAAGCCCGAAGCAUCCACACUCGCACACCAAGCCCGAAGCAUCCACACUCGCACACCAAGCCCGAAGCAUCCACACUCGCACACCAAGCCCGAAGCAUCCACACUCGCACACCAAGCCCGAAGCAUCCACACUCGCACACCAAGCCCGAAGCAUCCACACUCGCACACCAAGCCCGAAGCAUCCACACUCGCACACCAAGCCCGAAGCAUCCACACUCGCACACCAAGCCCGAAGCAUCCACACUCGCACACUUAUGAUUAACCAUGAUAAGAAGCUUUAA